AUGCGCAUGCUGGAGGCGGAGUUCGGCGGGAAGCAAAAGGCGCCGGAGGACGACGAGGAGAAGGUGGGCAGUGUGGAUCCCAAGGGCAAGCUGAUCACAGAUGGACCGAAGAAGAGGAUCGCUGUUCGGUGCAUUGAGGUGCUGCUUGCUGCGACGUCCUCGGUGGCGUCCAUCUACUCCGCUCUGAUCAUCAAGCCAUCCUCUUCACCCCCACCGGCAAACAAGCUCCCCGCGUACCUCCUCUACAUCCUUUCCUUCCUAACUGUCCUUAGCACGAUCUAUCUAUUCCUCAUUUAUCCUUGCUGCUGUGGGUCCCGACCACGCUCGCGCGACGCAGCCUUCGAGCAGGGCCCGGGCGGGCUCAUGGUGCUCCCCGUACAGUCGCUCCCAGGUGGUGGGAAGAAGGGCAAAGGCGGCAAGGGGAAGAAGCACAAGGGCGGGGGCGGGGCCAGCGACGGUGUGCAGGUGAACCUCAUUGUAGACCCGACGAUGUUUGGUAGCGGACGCCAAGACGAGGACGAGUGGGAGGACGAGCAGGGGGAGGACGGGGAGACGGAGCUGGGGCCGCCCGGCUCGUAUGCCCCGAGGAGGCGGCGGCCACGGCGGCGCGGGAUCUUCGCGGGGCUGGCGCUGGAGGCGCAGUGGAAGCGUGCACGGAAACAGUUGAAGGUGGGGAUGGUGUUCGACGUGGUUGCGUGGGUGCUGUGGGGCGCCGUGUUCGUGGUGGUGCUGAUGGGGAAGCGGUGCCCGGUGGGCGGGUACAAUGGCUGGUGCGAUGCGUACAACCUCGCGAGCGCGGCGGCGUGUCUGCUGUGUGUGUCGUUCGGGGUCAGCAUAUUCUUCGAUAUCAAGGACCUGCAUGCGAGCAAGGCGUCGCCGAGGACACGGCCGUAG